AUGGCUUCCCAACAAGGUCUUGAAGUUCGUGCACAGGCAAAUCAGAAAAGCUCGGAGGAGCCCCUGCGCCUGUCAGAACUGUCAAAGGUCCAACAACACCAACAGGGCAAGAUAGAUAGAAUCGACGAUGUAACUAAUGGGCUCUCCAGCUUGGAAAUCGAGAAGAUGCGGCCGACAGCAUUUGAAGACUGGUUUCAACGGCAACGUGAAUUAACAAAGGAUUCAGAUUCCGAAUUCAGCACCCUGGAAUGA